AUGUUCUCAAGUACCUGUGAUUACACAAAGUUAAGGUUGAAUAUCAGACUUUGUAUUCAACGACUUGAAUAUGUUCAAAAAAAGAAAUCUGAAAUAUCAAAGGGAAUUCGUCGAGAAAUCGCGGACCUUUUGAAAGAUGGAAAGGUUGACAGAGCUCGCAUUAAAGUCGAACAAAUCAUUCGGGAUGACUACUGUGUGGAAGCCAUGGACAUUAUACAGUCAUAUCUUGAGACGUUAAACGCGCGAUUUGGGCUUAUUCAGGAUGCAAAGCUGCCAGAUGCAUCUCUUGAGACACCAAUCGCGACUAUACUAUGGUCCAAAUCACGGAUUAAAAAUGAGAUUCCUGAGCUAGAGAUUGUCGGUCAGCAGCUCGCCAUUAAGUUUGGUAGGAAUUACGUCCGUGAAUGUUGUGAGAAGGCUAACAUGGUCAAUCGUACCGUAAUGACAAAAUUGAAUUCUAUCGUCCCUGGGGCGAAUUUGGUUGAAAUGUACUUGGUUGAAAUCGCGAAAAGUUACGAUGUUAGUUUCACUCCAGACACACAUGUCAUUUGCGACUCUAAUCUAAUGUUCAACGAUAACUUGAUUGAAUUCAAACCUGAUAGUUCUGUUGGGUUACCUAGUAUGCCAUCCAACUUUGGAGCAUGCAGCAUGCCAUGGGCAACUACAUCGAUGUCCGAUAAAGCUCCUUAUCCUACGGAAUUUAUCAAUGAAACUAAGAUUCCAUCAGGCAUCCCGUCAAAUGAAACAAUGCCCUCAAACACAACCACAACCAAUGGCGAUACAGUUAUGCCACCGCCAUAUGAUAUGUCUGUAUGCAAUGGUCAAAAUACUGUCGUACCAUUUAAUUACCCUGGUCCUUCGUUCCUACCACCUCAAGAUAGCUUCACAACACUUCCUCCAGGUAGCUUCGCUAUGAUUCCACCAAUGAAUGGACCUAGUAAUCCCCCUCCGGAUGAUGAAAAAGCAGAUUUCGACACUCUGGCAGAACGUUUUGAAAAACUUAAAAAGAAAUUGCAAACAGUGGAUCCUGAUGAUGAAGUUAUUCAAAACAAUUGUUCCAUCGAAUAUUCUUCCUCUACUAUUUUCUUGGAUAAUGGUUGGCAGCCGAAUGUGCGAGGUGUAUUUCGUCAUCUGAAUAUGCAGUGUUGAUCUUCAUAUUGAAACUAAAAAUCUAGUAUCUAUCAUUUCAAAUGUCAAAGUUACUCAUAAGGCUACUGAAUCUUGAUAGCUGCUAAUUUUGUCGGAGAUAUUGAGUGAUCUAGCCUGAAGUUGGUCACAGUGGCGCAGUUGCAUUUGUUGUCUAUCUUCCUUUAAAUUAUCAGCUAAGUAUCAAUGUUAUGUGUUUAUGAUUUAUUUCUUUAGAACUUUACUGUUCGCGUUAAUAUUUUUAUGGUUUGGAUAUUAUUCCCCCUUCUUUAUUUUUCAUUUUGUUUUACUCUCACUAUGCUGACAUUAGGUAUGACAAACUGAAACGAAGCAAACUCUUAUCAGGUUUUACAUUGAUAGUGAUUGACUAAUCUAGUACCUUGUCCAGCUCACAUGAUAUAUAUUGCUAGUUGUAAAUGUUUAUAUUUUUCUGUCGUUUAUUCUCAAUACUGAACUCAAUCAGUCUGUUAGCAUCCGUUUAAGAAAAUUACAUCCAAAUGUAAUUUCAAGCUUUAUUGUAAAUUACAUCCUCUUAAAUGAUGGAGAAUAUUUGUAGUCCAGGAAGUGGGUUUUGAAAGUGCUGUGCUCUCUGAGCUGAAUGAUUUGAUUGCGAAACUUUCAUUGGUGUUCUCGACAUCAUCAGUAUUAUUGUUGUAUGUGUUAAUAUUGUUGAAGAGAACAAUUGAAGCCGAACGACAUAACGAUCCAGCUCAGAGAAUACAACAACUUCACAAUAUCCUCACAAAAAGCUUUUCUGUUGAAAUAUGAAUUUUCUAUUUAAAAUAUGAUGUAGAUGAAUAAAGUGGUCAAAAUUGGUCUCUGUCGAAAUAUAAUCCUUUCACAGAUCCACUCUGUAUAUAGCGCAUGGCUUUUAAAUUAUUGCUUCAGCUAUGCGUGAUGAUUGCUCGAAUGAUUAAAGGGGAAAUAUCAGUACUCUUUCAUUACUUUAUACAGGAUUAUCUGUGAAUUGAUGUUAUAAUCAGUAUAAUAAGAUAUGAAUCAGUGAUUGAUCCUUCAUAUUGUUUUAAUCACCUUGAAUGCAGUGGGUAAAUUUAUUUCAGUUACGGAAUUCACAAUCAACAGUUUAUGUUACAUACUAAGGUUCAUUAUUAAAUUGUCUUGUUUGACUGAUUCACGUGAACUCAUCGGAAUAUGAACCUUUUUAUCAAGAAGAAAAUUCAAACUGUAAAAUACUAUGGAUUUAGAACCAUGUGACGCUAGUUCGAAUCCCAUAGAGAGGACCACUCUUCUCAAGAUUGUAGAUACGCCUAACUGACAAGUGCUAACUAACAUGAAACCGAGGUUAAGUGUUUUCUGCCGAUCUUCUAUAACUAUGUAACAUAUAAUACCCUUAUAUGUAUAACCUAAGUGUGUAUAGGAGUAGAUUAGAAGAAAGCUAGGUGCGGUCAGACCAAAACAUAGCACAAGUCCAUGAAGUCACUGACAAGUAGACUGAGUCAUAUUGGUAGGUGUAGACUACCUGGUUGGGGACCGCGAGAUGAUAGCAACCGAUGGUUAGAGACCCUGAAUGGCUCAAAAUCGUUUGCAAUGGCGCAGGUGAAUACACUCUUUGUGUUCUCCCAAAUUCUAAUUUCCUAAUUCCUCCUUGUCUCUUUUUUUCUCUUUCCAAAGUUAUUUCACUGGAUUAUACUCCUUGAAGGACAUCUUCAAAUGUCCUUCGGCCGAAGGUACCACACCUCCUUCAUACAAGAUAAAAUUGGCGAAAUGAAUUAUAGUGCAGUGCAAGUGGUAGUAAAAAGGGAUCAGAGAUGAGUAUUAAGAUUCGAGAAGGAAGAACAAAGUCGUAAAGUAAAAUGUAAAAUAUUUUUAAACUCACGUGUUAAGGCAAUAGAAGUAGUGAACGCAUCUGCUCCAUCGCGACCACUUUUGAACCGUGUUACCAAACGUCUCCAACAACUAGUCAAUACAGUCGUGUGAAUCCCUCCAGGUAAUCUACAUGUACCAACAUGGCUCACACCAACAUUUAAUACCCUCAUGAACUAAUGUUUUGGAUUCGGGGCCCCUAGCUAGCCAAUUUAGUGAGCCACUAUACGUGCUUUCGUUUCGGGCAAUCAUUCUUUUUUCUUGUAGGUAACUUUUCAGGAUAUGGUAAAUAAUACCAGUCGAUAUGAGUUGUCAAAGCACGGACAUUUGUAGAAUUUGCUGAAAAUCAAUAAGAGGUCUUUGUUUAGGUGUUUUUAGAAAGUACAGUAAAUUGACCAAUAACGCAUAAUCAUUGGUAUACAAAGCUUCUUAUCGGUAUAUUGGUUGUUCAUAAUCACAGUAAGAUGCGCCACAUCUCAUAUCAUCAACUAGAAAGGAAAGUAACAACAGAUGAAGUGAUGGAUAAGAGUUGAUUCAAACUGCAAUAGAAAUCCAAAUAUGAAAAUCGCAAUCUAAAAGAUGCAGAUUAGUUGAAAGAAUGAAAAAGUAAUAAUGAUUUCUUUCAAUAUUUAGGGGAGAAUGUAUAGAAAAUUUUAAUAGCGCAAUCGUCGUUGGCCCAUAUUACUGAUUGUCUCCAUCCAUUGACUACAACUAUUGAAUAGGAUUCAAUCAGGAAGUCUAUGCAUAUGGCUACCAAUGGUUUCGCGAACUAAUAAAUUGUCUCUAGCUAAUCAUCAAACAGUUGACACCCUUGAGAUACCCACUCACUGUCAUGAUCAUAUUCAAAAAUAUUGUCAUUCAGUUUUUACAUACUCCUUUUUAUUACCUUAAUCUAGCAUCAUUUUCAUUAUUCUUGGUAUAUGAUGUUCUACUUUUGGUGUCGUUGUGUUCUCCGAACUAGAUGGUUUAAUUACGGAUCUUUCAUUACCAUUUUGGAUAACAUAUUCAGUGCCUACUUCAUGUAGAAAUAAGCUUUCCAGAUAUUACACAAGUAUUUAUUGUAUCGAUUCAUUCCAAUGGCUUUGUUCGUGAUUGGCUGCCUUCAGUAAAAGGAUAUAAUGCACUAACAUUAAUACGUUUUUAUCCGGUUUCAAACGGAGGAAAAUAUGAAUAAAUGCAGAAUCUUUUUUAUUGUCCUUACAAAUAACAAUCUAUGUAUAGAGCUUUUAGAAUCAACGAAUAUUUUUGAGAUAUUAUUUAUGUAAUUCAAAAAAAAGAAUAUGCCUU